GGGAGGGGGAAGCUUUACUAGUACCUGGUGCAUCUAGUCAUGAAGUAGGUGAAGAUGUUGAUCAUGUUGAAGGAGAGGACGAGGAACAACCUACUCGUAGCACCUCUUCAACAACAGAUCAGCUUCAACAAGCCAACUAUUUUGGUUCCAUCGCAUUAGAACGGGAUCCCAUUCCGAGUAGACCGCCGAUUAUUGUCGGUGAGACUCCAUCACCGACUGUUUCGCCGAAACAGAAACCAAGAGAACUCCCUUGUUCUCGAGCUCAAUCAGAGUCAAUCACCAUCGUUGGGUACAGGACGAACAGGAACAAUGAAGAUGUUCCUGUUCUUGAGCAGAUGAAAGUAGGACCUUCUUCCAGCAGCACCACUGCGAAGAACCCAGCUGCAUCUUCAUCACCUUGGUCGUCCCCGUCACAUUUCACAGUGCGUCAUGCACGCGAACUCCUUGCGAAGAAACUUUCAGAGGCAGAGGGGCGCAGCGUUCCCGUAUCUCUGUGUUUCUUUGUGCACGAUCACGAGUCGGCGUCUGCUGCGGAGGAGCACCAUCAUGAGGCGAGGACUUCUGAAGGCAACUACAGUACUGCUGCUGAGACCACGGAGGUGAAGCCAAGUACUGCUCCAGUAGGUGUUGUAGCGUCUGCUUCCUCUGCUCCUCCAGAACCACCCGCUUUCGGCGAUGUCAUAGCAGACGACUUACCCUUGUCCAUCCUGCCCACCUCAAGCGCCAAUUUCGUGAUCAAGUAUCGAACUGACAUCACGAACAUCUACAACGCGUUGCAAGAUGCAGAAACCUUGGAGCAAAGUCGCGAGAUAGUCUAUCACAUGACUCCCACAGAGUUGAACCAGUCCUUUUAUCGCAUUUUUCGCUACUGGGGACGCGUCGGAAUCAACUUGCUUCAAGGCUGUUUACGUGGUCAUGGGCCUUUGUCAUGGAAAACGAGUCAGAUUCAGGCGAUAUUGGAAGACAGCAGGUUUUCUCGCUGGCACGAACCCGAUGCGAUUACCAACAGAACGAUCUUCAUGGACGUUGUGUUUUACCUCGACAACGUGUUGGCAAUCACGAAGUUGCUACUCACCAAGUACGAGAAAC